AUGGCUGAUGGUGGACAGGAUAGUAGGAGAGUCAUUCCCGGCGCGUCCCUUGGUGGCCUGGAGAUCUCCGCAUCGAUGGAGACUUUCCAGUUGGGUUCCCUCUCCCCGGGAGUCGAUGAGGCAGCAUGGAAAGAGGGUAUUGCGGCGCGGCGGCGUGAGGAAGAGCGACGAUGGCAGGAGAGUCAGGUGCGUAGUGCUCAUAAUGCAGGGCAUACAUCCGAGCGGGACCGUGACCCUGAUUGGGAGGCAGGGAGUGGGGAGGAUGGCGCAAGUGAGGGAUUCGGGGGUGGUGGUAGUGCUGCUAGGGGAAGUCAGGCUUCGAAGAAGAGGGUGCGGGCAGGGGAGCGUCUGGGGUCGGGAUUGGUGCGGCCUACGGAGGGGAGGAAGGGGGGGGGUGAGGGUGGGGUCAAGCGUAUUGGGGCUAGCAGUGGGUCAGGGAGGGCGCCUGCCGCUUCUGUGCCUGCCGCUGCUGUGCAGGCCGCUGCUGUGCCUACUGCUCUUGUGCGCUCCGUUGAUGUAUCACGGGCUACUAUCGAGGCUAUGACGUUGAUUGGGAGGAAUCUAACCGGAGCGGAGUUGGACCCGAUAGUCGAGAAGGCCCUGAAGAGUAAGGAGUAUGGGUUGGUGCGUGGCAUGCACGGGCCAUUGAUAUGGGUACGUCGUUACCUCGAUCCGGCAAAGCCAUCAGAGCUUGCUUUUCCGGAUGGCGGGUGGGGCCCAGACGUCCCUCAUCGGACCAAGUGGCCAUGGGAGCAUGCGGACACGUGGCCCACCAUUCCAGCUGGCGCGACGGGGGUUGGUGCGAGUGGAAUGAUAGGCGACGCUGCUGGUGGUAGUAGGCAGGCCACCAUGAGUUCUUUCGUCACGCCGCGGGUUGGUGCUCAACAGCUGCGCGAGGGGUUGGUGAUGCUCUUUGCGGGACUCGACAUGCCCUUCCGUGUUGUCGACCUUCAGGGACUUUGUCGCGAUGCUGAACCCCGAGGCGUAGCGAGAACAGACACAUGGACUAGUGAGUGUGGCAUAUCGAUCAUGGUGGUGACAGCUCACUGGAUCACUAGCGACUUCCAGCUGCAGAAGGCCGUUAUCGAUUUCAGGGAGCUCAAGGGCUCCCACACGGGAGACGCGAUAGCUGACGAGUUGGAGGAGGUCCUUGUGGAAUGGGGUUUCGGUGAUGCGUUCUUCGGCGUGACCACGUACAACGCCGAGAACAACCGAGCGGUUCGCCUAUUGGCUGGCGUCCCUGACAGCACCUCAGGGUCCCGCCCUCGGGACCCUCAGCUUCUCCCUCGUUCUCGGCACUUCAGCAAAGCACUCAAGGUUGAGGCGGUCAAGGAGCAGCUCCGGAGGCUGCGAGAGUUGGCCAGCCACAUUGGGUGGUCCGUGCAGCGUUCGCAUCGAUUCUUUGACCUGCAGAGCCAGUAUGCUACGAGCCAGACGGCGUCGCAACAGGAGGCUGCACAGGGAGCCACGAUGAGCUGA